GUUUCAUAGUGAUCAUUGUUUAUGAUAAAGUGCAUAUAAUUAUUUCAUGAUCACAACUCCUGUAUACGACAGACUGGGAACGACAAAUCAAGGAUUAAGCAAAUACAGGAGCAGACAGAGAUUAACGGGUUCAUCUUAACUUAUCCGAGUGCGAGGAUUAACUUCCCAAUGUUUAUGUGCGUUAAGUGGAAAGCAGAAGUCUGGGACAACUGACAUAAUGACCGUCCGUACCAUACACAGAUAGGGAUGUUACACUUAUUAGCGAAUUGGAGAGACUGUGCUUGGACCUGAAUUUAACAAUACAUUAAUGUUUGGGAUGAUUAAUUAAUUCAUAUGGAGAGUGCAGUGAUGUAGAUGAUGAUUAAGUUUAUUCAAAGUACGAUCACCUGAAACUGAAAAGAUGUUGGGCGUCCGCUCCUGACCGGAUCACGUAAUCUCAGCUAAUAUGGACUGUAUUUUCAUUAAGCACAUGGUGAUUUACAAACAACACAUGUUAUCUGCAUAUAAACAAAAUAGGUCGUUCGGCGAACUUAAUAAGAUGAUCAAUAAAUUUAUGAACGAAAUAUAAGGAUGAUACUAAUCUCAAAUACUGGAUAGAUACCACUCAAGUGUUUUUGCUGGUAAGAGAGACUUGCUUGUAGAUCUGACAUUGUUUGCAACAGCUGUGUAAAGAAAGCGCAAUUAUUGAGAACUUAACAUGUAUUCAUGCAUGCAGCAUCGAUAAUCAAUAUUUAUCUAUACAAACUGGAUUAAGUGGUCAGGUGGUUGAUUGAGAAACAAUCAAGGCACACACAACCGCAGCACAAUAUCGUAACAUAAUUCCAAUACAUUCAAGAAACACGAACAACACAAUUGCUACAUAAAGCACAAUCCAAGUACAACCGGGACACAAUCACAGUACAACGAGGACACAUUCACAACACAACCAGGACGCAUUCUCAGUACAACCAGUACGUGUUCACGGCACAACCGGGACACAUUCGCAGCACAACCAACGCGUUCACGGCACAACCGGGACACAUUCUCAGUACAACCAGUACGCGUUCACGGCACAGCCAUAGGGUUAUGAGGUGCUGGGUUGUGCUUGUGUUGUUGGUUGUGGUGGCGGGCUACGUUGGCUUGGGAGGACUGAUGUUCCAUUAUCUAGAACAACCAAAUGAAGAGAGUUCUAGACUAAACAUACGACUGGAAACCCGGCAAUUUCUGAGCAAUUUUAGCUGUCUUGACGAGAAGGAGUUACAUCGUCUUCUCCACGUGGUUAUUGACACAUACAAGGCUGGCGUCUGGGAGAUAGGGGACGAAACAAGUGCAUCAAAUUGGGAUAUUGCAAGCUCAGCAUUUUUUGCCACAACGGUAGUGACAACUAUAGGUUAUGGCCAUAUCUCUCCAAAAACAUCUCUGGGACAAAUAGCGUGUGUCGUGUUUGGUCUUCUUGGUAUUCCGCUCACAAUGCUACUACUGACAGGCCUUGGCUCAAAGAUCCACCGCUGCCUUACGUGCUGCUGUACCAAGAUUAGCUUCUGUAAGCGACAUCCAAGGUCUGGUGGUGCCAUAAAGAGUUUAAUAUUGUUCAUCAUUGGUGCAGGGAUCUUUAUAUUUGCCCCAACCGUGGCGUUUAACAUCGUGGAGGAUUGGAGCUAUCUUGAAGGAGCUUACUAUGCCUUCAUUACUUUAAGUACUAUUGGGUUCGGGGACUUCGUUGCAGGUCAACGUGAUGACGUGUCAUACAGAAGCUGGUAUAAGAUCUGCUUGGCAGCAUGGAUUAUCCUUGGUCUCGCUUGGCUUGCCACAGUCAUAACGGCCAUCUCAAAAGCCAUGUCCAAGAAGCUCAUUAUAGACGAGGACUCGGAGAGCGACUGCAGUGACGUCAUCGUUAAUAUCAAGCAUAGUGAUUUGGACAUAGAAACCAUGGCACUGGUGAAUGAGCCAAGGAGGAAAAGAUAUGUUAAACCAAAAAAGGAUAAACAGAAUGGAUUUAUAGAGUAUACAAAAGAAGAUGAAGACAAUAUGCAAAAAGCUGCUGAUGACCUUGUUCAAACUGCAAUAGCAGAUGCCGUUGAUGUUGUGAAAACAGACAACGCUACACAUGUUCAUAACAAAGAUCAACCCUCAGAAGAUGUUGCUAGUGAAAGGAAUGUAACUCCCGAAACCGAGCUAAUGGCAGCCCCUAAAGCUAAAGACAUUCAAGCAAUUAACAAUGGUCAAUCACAUAUUGCUGAAGAAGGUCAAGUGAAAGAACAUUUACCAUUGAUAAGUAUCAGUAACCUUGAUGAAAAACCCGUCAUGUCAACUGCAACAUCUAGCUCUAUUUGUGACGAGAGUAAAAUUGAUGGAUUAGCAGAUGAAAUCAUGGCAGAAACGGGUAUUGCUGAAAAUGACACCUCUAAUACAAAAGACAUAUCUGAUCGGAUUAACAUAGAUAGUGCUGAGACUAACAACGAUACACCUGCAGUUGAUGUAAAUGAUGACAAUGAACAAUGUACUACUCCAGAUGAGAAACACGUACAAUCAGACAAUAAUGAUAUAAAAACUGAUGAUAAAGUCUCUGAACUACUCGAUAUGGACCCCUCAAAUGAAAACGAAAUUGAGGAGAAUACAAAACUAUGAUAUUGUAAUUGUAAAUAACUGACUAAUUUUCCACCUUUGUAUUGUAUCUUUUACAUGGUUUGCAUA